UGCAAAAGUUCUUCAUCGGAGUCAGUUACAAUUUUGCAGUAGCUACACUUUAUAUUUUAAAAGUAAAGAGAGUUUAUAGUGGUACUACAACAUCUACAUCAACAAUUAUACAUCAAGUACAAGUAACAUCUAACGUUUAAACGACAAAACCAGAAUAAUGGAUUAUAAACAAAAUGGAAGGACGUAUUCAAGGAAUAUUAAUGAUAGAGGAAACAAUAGGAAUGAUUAUAGAAAAAGAGAGAAUACGAAUUCUUCUUAUAAGAAUCAACAAUCUGAAAAAUUUAUGAUACAGAUUGACACUGGGAAAGUAGGAAAAUUAAUUGGUAAAGGAGGAAGUAACAUUAAAGAUUUACAAGACAAAACAGGCACGAAGAUUAAAAUUGAGAGAUCAAAUGGAAACGAUACUACUGAUGUAAUCAUAAUUGGAUCUGCAGAAGGACAGGAACGUGCCAAAAAUUUAAUAGAAGAAUCAUUAAAUGAUCCUCCUCCAUAUCAAAGCCAAAGAUUAGAAAAUGACCAGAAGGAGUGUAAUAAACCAAAGAUUGAUUUUACCAAUUUUGACUGGACUGCAGCUAGCAAAAAAUGCGAUGAGUUUCAAAAGGAGAGAUGGUCGAAAUGUACUGCUAUUGUUAAAAACUUUUACAAAGAACAUCCUUCAGUGGCCAAUAUGACAAAAAAACAGGUUGCUCAUAUUAGGAAGACAAAUAACAAUAUCGAAGUAAAAUAUAUGUUUGAUGAGAAGUGUGAUGUCUCGGAGCAAUUGAGGAUACCUAAUCCAAUUGAAACGUUCGAACAAGCAUUUGAGAGUUAUCCCGAGAUACUAGAAGAAAUUAAAAAACAGGGUUUUGCUAAGCCAAGUCCAAUACAAUGUCAGGCUUGGCCUAUUCUCCUCAGUGGUAAAGACCUUAUUGGAAUUGCACAGACUGGAACAGGUAAAACAUUGGCAUUUUUGUUGCCUGCUUUAAUCCACAUUGAGGGUCAAGAAAUACCGAGAUCAGAAAGGAAUGGUCCGAACGUUCUUGUUAUGGCACCAACGAGAGAGUUGGCAUUACAAAUUGAAAGAGAAGUCAAUAAGUAUUCUUACCACGGUAUAAAGUCGGUAUGCAUAUACGGAGGCGGAAAUAGAAAGGAACAGAUAAAUGUGGUAACGAAAGGCGUCGAAAUCGUUAUUGCAACGCCUGGUAGAUUGAAUGAUCUAGUAGAAGCAAACAUUUUAAAUAUUUCCACAAUUACAUAUCUCGUGUUGGAUGAAGCUGACCGUAUGCUUGAUAUGGGUUUUGAGCCACAGAUUAGAAAGACAUUAAUUGACAUACGACCGGAUCGACAAACAGUUAUGACGAGUGCUACAUGGCCUCAAGGAGUUAGGCGUUUAGCUCAAUCUUACAUGAAAAAUCCGAUCCAAGUCUUUGUUGGAUCUCUCGACUUGGCGACUGUGCACACAGUCGUUCAAAAAAUAUUUAUAAUCGACGAAGAAGAAAAGACGAACAUGAUGUAUAAAUUUUUCCAUAACAUGGCUCCUACCGAUAAAGUGAUGGUAUUUUUCGGAAAAAAAUGUAAGGUCGACGAUGUAUCAAGUGAUUUAGCAUUAGAUGGUGUUAAAUGUCAAAGUAUACACGGAGGAAGAGAGCAGAGCGAUAGAGAACAAGCUUUAGAAGACUUAAAGACUGGCGAGGUUCAGAUUCUUUUAGCAACCGAUGUUGCUAGUCGGGGUAUUGAUAUAGAAGACGUUACACAUGUCUUGAAUUAUGAUUUUCCACGGGAUAUAGAGGAGUAUGUUCACAGAGUGGGUCGUACCGGUCGUGCCGGCCGCACCGGAGAAAGUAUAUCAUUCAUGACAAGAAAAGACUGGUCGAAUGCACAAGAAUUAAUCAAUCUUUUGGAAGAGGCUAAUCAAGAAGUACCUAAAGAAUUAAACCAAAUGGCUGAAAGGUAUGAGGCGUGGAAGAAGAAACGGGCGGCCGAAAAACAAUCCGAAAGAAUGGAUAGCAGAGGCGGUGGUUAUGGAGGUGGCAGGAGAAGUAAUAAUAGAUGGUAGUUUUUACCUCUCCAACGUUAUUGAAUGUGU